GACUGACAAUAGCUUUCCACCAAUCAAUCCAUCCAUCCUGCAACCAGUAUGGCUACGUGCAACCUUUUUGAGGAAGAUGAAGUUUACAUUGAAAAUCAAGGCAAAGGAAUAAGCUUCGGACUAGUUUUAGAAAACGGUGAUUUUUUCAGUAGCAGCGACGAAGAUGAAGCCGAUAAUAAAAUAGAUGAACGGAUUCAGAAAGGAACUGUUAGGGUUGCUUGGCAUCCAACAGGCAAAGAAACAGUUGUAGCCGAAAAUAAGGUUCAUUUAGUUGACAGGUCACUUAUGCCAGGAGACAUUGUUCGGCAUCUUAUUCAAGGUCAAGAAACACAGUGUGGAUUUGUAACUGAUGUAGAUAUACGGUGUAAUGUUCAUGUUCUUCGCACCAAUAAAUAUAUCUACAACAUCAAUUCUAAGGAUUUACAACCCAUACAGAAAUUCUGCAGUGAUCAGGAAGUGCUAUUCAAUUCCUGGCUUGGCAGAGUGGAAAAUGUCAACUAUGAGCUGGUUAUUAUCUUUCAGGAUGGAGCAAAGUGUCAAGUAGAUGAGGAUGACUUGUUUAACUUUGAAGAUGUUAGUGAUAAAAGGUCCAGGCAUGGUGAAUUUAGUUUCUGCCAUCACUAUCCUGGGCAAGAGUUGAAAGGUACAAUGGAUAACUUCAGUGAUGCUAAGUGGCUUCACUCUACCCCACGUUACUGUAGCAGGGUGGCCAACAAAAAAGGAAAAACUUUCAAUGUUCUUGUUACAGUAGAGAAGAUUGUCACUAAAAGUGUUGAAAUCCAGUGGGUGUUUCGUGGUUAUGAGAAAAUGGAUAAUACCAGUGGGUCAGUUAAUCCACCACCAAGAUUUAUUGAGGGAGAAAAUGUUGAAAAGCUUCAAGUUUUGGAUUGGUUUAGUCAUUGUAACAUCCAGAUUGGUGACCGCAUGAGAUACACAAUAAACAAUGAUGAUGUUGUGUCGGAUGUCACGCCCAGGAAAGCAUUUGAUCCAAAAAUGACUUUAGUGAAAGAUGCACCAUUUAAGAUAGACGAAGGACUAGAUAACAAAAACCAAAUUAGCUUAACAAGCACAAGUCACAAUGGUGUAGAAAAGGAGUUGGACGAAACAGAUGAUGCUGACCUUGAAGAUGAUGACUUUGAGUCAGAGAGUGAUGAGAAAUUAGGUGCCUCAAGUGGUCGCAACACUGGAAGCAGAAAAAAGAAGAACCGUGGCCAUAAAGGUGCACUGCGGCACAAACCUGGCAAGGUCAACCAGUCAUCCAGGCUUACAUGUGGCAAGAAGCGAAUACAAAAAGAACGUUUGGUCAAACCGGAUGAGACAGUGGAAGUUGAAGUAGAGUUUACCAUGUCUUGGGUGACAGUCAUGUGGCAGGAUGGAUCAAUAGAAAAAGACAUACCAUCUUUUCAUUUGUUUCCUGUUCAUCAUUUAGAUGAUUUUGAGUUUUUUCCUGGGGAUUUUGUUCUUUCUAAUAUAGAAUUAGCUGAACCAGUGGACUAUGGCGUUGUGGUAAAAGCUGAUCACCACGAAAGAACCUGCAUUGUACAUUGGUAUAAGGCUUAUGAUAUAGGCAAGGCAAACAAGCCCACUCUGGUGGAGGGCAACAGUGAAAUAAGUGUCUAUGACAUCAAAGAUCACCCAGAUUAUAAAUAUCGCCCAGGACACAGUAUAGUUCGUGUUGGUGGCUUUGAAAACACUGAUCUGGAUGAAAAUGAAACUCUGCAAACUAUUGGACAAAUUUUACAGUUGGAUCCUAAUGGUCACUUAAUUAUCAAGUGGGCAGAUGGACGAGUCAGCCAACAUUAUCCACAAGAAAUUUUUGUUGUCACUGAUGAGGCUGAAAAUGUUAGCGAAGACAGCUGGGAUUCUGAAGAAGAUUCUAAUGAUAGUUCUGAGACUUGGGAGACUGAAUCAGAGCAUGAAAUUUUUGGAGAAGAAAGUGCGAAGCUUGAUCCAGAGGAUGGUACAUUGGAUCAGGAUAUACUGUGUGAACAUAAACAGGAGUUGGAUUCUCUUCUGGGUCGAGCUGAGACUGCGUUGAGUAGACUUCAGAACCAUUUGAACAAUUUUGGUGUAGCUGUGCAUUCCCCAGAGUGCUUUCAUGAUAUUAUACGAAUCUAUCGCAGUUGUCAUGACUUAGACAAGAUAUUGCAGUCUUCCUUUUUUAAUGACCCCGAGUUACAGUCUCUGAUUUCUCAGGCUAAGGCUGAAUUGAAACGGGAUAAGGUGAACAAGUUUUCCAAACAUCUUUCACUCUUGUUUGAUACUUGGAGUAAGAACUUACCUCUUGGGUCAAAUGACAAUGUUGGCACUGUGGCUGUGGCUGGGAAAACAAUUAAAGUUGGAAUGCUGAAAGGGAAAGAGUUUGAGAUUUCAAUUGCUUUGCCUGUUGAAAAAGAGGCUAGUGCAUCUCAGGGAAAUGGCAGUGAUCCUACUGAGGAUUGCAUUGCUGAAGGCAGUCUCAAGGCUGAGUCUGGAGCUUGUUCGCUGGAAGAUACUUCUGCAGCCAACAUCAAAAAGGAAAUGAGUGAGCCAGCUUUAAGUAAAACAAGCAAGGAGUUAGAGUCUUCUAAUAGGAGGUUAUCAGAUCCUUUUAGUGACCCCAUUGCCACCAAUGGUGCCAAGAUCAAGAAGAAAUAUCAGGAUGCUUUGGUUGGAGAAAACUGUGUUUCCAAAGCUUCCAAACGCACUAAGUCUGACAAUUAUGAUGAUUCUGGGCGUGAAGCUAAAAAGAGUCGGGAUGAAACAAAGUGCGCCAAUCUUAUUGCUCAAGAGCUGUGUUCUUUAAUAUGUCAGAACCUCCAGAAACAGAUCUUACGUAUUCACGAAGAAGUGAACAAACGAACAAACAGGCUGUUGUCCUCUAGUAAAGCAAACAAACAGGAUGCGCAGACAUCACCUUUGGUCAAUGGUGAGGUUAACAACCCAGUAAAUCCAGAGUCUGCUGACAUUGUGCCAAAUAUAGACAAUAAUGACAUUAUUAAGGUAUCUGUUUCUACAGAGGCUGUAGUACCUGCUAAAACUGUUAGCCAUCAGUCCAACCUAGAGUUUUGUGCAGUUGAUAAUAAUUGUGCUGUGAACCAAAAAAUUGGUUCUGAAAAUGACACAUCCAAUAUUAUCCUGACUUCAGAAAGCUGCAGCUCUUUGGAAAUGGAGGCUUUACCUGAUGAGGUCGAAUCAGCACAGGUACAAAGCAAAGGCUUUGAGAUGCUAGGAGAGGUUCAGCCUUGCCAGAAAUAUGUCAGCCAAGAAAGUCAACCAGCUAAUCCAAGAUCUUUUAGAACCGCUGUUAAAAAAGAGCUCAAACUGUUCCAGACAUCAUUACCAGAUGGUAUAUUUGUCAAAGGUUUUGAGAAUCGUUUAGAUUUGUAUUCUGUCAUGAUCUUAGGGCCAGAGGGCACUCCCUAUGAAGAUGCAGUAUUUCUAUUUGACCUGAUGCUACCCAAUGACUACCCAAGUGCACCACCUCUGUGUUACUAUCAUUCAUUUUGUACAGACAGACUCAACCCUAAUUUGUACGAAGAUGGCAAGGUGUGUGUGUCUUUGCUGGGUACAUGGACUGGUAAAGGGACUGAAGUCUGGACAUCUAAGUCAAACCUUCUACAAGUUUUGCUUUCUAUUCAAGGUCUCAUUCUAGUCUCAGAGCCCUAUUACAAUGAGGCUGGCUAUGAAAAACAGCGUGGAACCCAAGUUGGCCUUGAAAACAGCAGAAUGUACAAUGAAAUGGCAAUAAUUAAGACUAUCCAGUCACUGAUCAAGAUGUGUGCCAAGCUACCAGUUCUUUUCAACCAAGAAAUCUAUCAUUAUCUAAAAGCUCAUGGUCCUAAAAUGAUUGCUCGCUUGAGGAAAUGGACAGAGGAGAGUGAAACCCAGAAAUGCAAAGCUACUACAGAUACUGACUGCAAUAAUAUCCCAACUGAUAAUCUCUUAACUGAGUCCACAGUGGGUCAAUCCAAUCAGCCACAAGAGCAGCUCACUUCCUGCCUUGCUUCUGCUGACAGUGUGAUGUCUGGUGAUAUUUGCAGACAAACUGUGCAGGAGACAAAGAAAGCCAACACACAUUGUCAGGAACACAGUAUAGGGGAUUGUAACAACCUGCAGGUUUGUGAUGAAAACAUUGAAGCUUCUGUCGUAAAAGAAGCUUUGCCAUCGUCUGUGUUGCCACCAUCUCAAAUCUGUGUGCAGGAGUCUACAGAAGAGAAAGCACCCUCUCAGAGUGAAACAAAUGAUCAAGAAAUGUGCGCUACUGACACCAAGCCAUUGUCCAUCAGUAAAAACUGUGAGGCCAGAUGUAAACCUCCCCAGUUCCCCCUGUUCCCAAUGUCUAAAGGAUUUCGUCUAACCUUGCAGAAAACUCUGAACUUGUAUGAAAAGGUAUUAGACCAACUGGAGGCUCCAUCUCUCCUGAAAUAGCUUUCAGUUGGCUUAUGAUAUUUCUGUAAAAAGAAUAAUUAUUUAACAGUGUUCACAUUAUAUUGUAUACCAUAAUGUCUAGAAUUGUGUUGUUAUACUAAUGGGGUUAAGGCUAAAUUAUUUCUACAUUAGUAUAGAAAGCUCAGAGUCUGUUUAAAAAUAGUAAGUUGUACAUUAUACAUUUUCUUUAAUUCUAGGAUUAAUAUUUUUUUGUUCCCCCCCCCCCCUACCUUUUUGAAUAUUAAUUAUUUGUAUUAAUAAAAUACUUAAGUUCUUGGUAUCAGCCACAUUCUUUGGAGCUACAAGUUUGUCUCAAUUCAUUUUAAAGUGAUCACUUUCCUCCAAAAACUUUUUUCCGAGUGUCCCAGAAAAUAUUUUUGAAUAUUUUUUUUUAACCACUUUUAUUAAAGUAUGACUUGAAUAUUUGAACAGCUUGAAAUUCCCUAGCUGCAGAAUGAUUGUUUUCCCAUUGUAAGAAUUCAUUGCAUUCCUAACUCACUUUGAGCCCAUAGUGCAAUGAGAAAAGAAAACUCAGACUGAGUACAAGUCUUUCUUAAUAUUACUUGUUCAUAUUUUUUUUCCUUCAAAUAAUUGAUUGACUAAAGAGUUGUGAUAUUUCUUUAACUUUAUAUAUACAUGUUUUUUUUUUGUUUAUAUUUUUUUAAAGCAUUUCGCUAAUGUGUGUUGAAAGAUAAAUGUUUUGCUGUUUCAAGAAGCUUGUCUUUAUGUGUGUUUUAUUUAGUUGACUUGUGCCAUUUACUACUUAUGCAGUGCAAGUUUUGCCGGGUAUCCAUGCACUUAUCCAUGCACUGCUUGCCAUUUUUGCUAGAUGUCUGAGAAAUGUUCUCUUCAAGUGGUUAUUGCAAUCCUUAGAAGUUUUCAUUUUAAACAAGCAUUGGUCUUUAAAACAAACACCUGAGGAUUAUCUGAACAAGAUAUUGUUUUCCACAAUGAUUUUGCUUCUUUUUCUAUAGAGCUUUACAUUUUUGAUGAGGUUAUAAUUCUAUUUGAACUUACCAAAAAAAAAAUAGUCAUGAUGACAUUAUAAAUGUGUUCUUUAUUAUGGUUUUAAUGAAGAUAGUAUUAAUUAUGCCUGAAAUGUUGUUUUUUUGUUGUCCUAUACAAAAAGUUGGUUAAUUUCAACUUGAACCACUUUGAAUCCUGAAGACCAUCUCUGACUGGAACUUGUGUGUGUCAGUGAACUCCACACUGGUGUCUGUCUUAUGCUUGACUGUUUCCUGAGGCUGUGUUGUUCCCCAUUCUCCCCACACCCUACUUUUCCUACCAUUCAACUCGCCAAAUGAGCAACUUAAUGUUUCUCAAUUCCUAGAGGUCAAACUUGAUGAAAGACUCAGGGAAAAGUAAAACAACCUUGCAACAAA